UGACACAACCAAACAACAUACAACCCACACUCCACGAAAGAUACAAAUAUCUUUCUUGCGACCUCUCAGCAAUUCGCUUUCUGCAGAUCAACUAAACUAGACCACUAAAGUCUUCAUUACAAACAAAACCGCCAACAUGGCUUUCACCGGAUCCGAUAUCUUCAAGAUCAUUCUUGCCGUCAUCCUCCCGCCCGUCGGUGUCUUCUUGGAGCGCGGCUGUGGUGCUGACUUCUGCAUCAACGUCUUGUUGACCAUCCUGGGUUACAUCCCCGGUAUUAUCCACGCUCUGUACAUCAUUCUGAAGUAUUAAGCGAACGGUGUCGCCUAAGCAAUAAAGGCCUGGCGAUGAAGCAGUGUCAAACAACCACUUGAAAAGUCGCCAGUCGUCCCAAGGCGCUCGUGGUUACCAGUGCUUGCUCGCGCUCUGUCGGGGCGCUCGGCACUCAAAGAUGUGGGGUUCUCAAUAGAGCACAGCCUGCAUCACAGACCAUGACACCAACAGAUGAAGCGCUACGCCACCACACUAUCGAUUUUCUUUGUUUACCCAGAGCGCAUGGAUGAGUUGUUGCGGGGAGCUUGGAAUAUUUGUGCAUCGCGCGCAUAAGAUGUGGAAUUUUGCUUUUACGAAAUGAUUCCCCCAGGGUUUCGCGAGGAAGCCAUGAGAAGCGUAUGAACUUCUCCGACUGUACCAUAGCAUCAGCUACAGCUUGCGGCCAUAAUAAUGAUGAUGAACGAUACCCCAUAA